AUGACCAAAACUAUUCUUGUCACCGGUGCCAGUUCAUUCAUUGCUGGAUGGAUUAUACAAUAUCUACUUGAGAAAGGUUACAACGUUCGUGGAACAGUUCGAUCUGCAGCAAAAGAAAAACAAGUUCUCGAUGGAAUCGCAGAAGAAUAUCGAAAACAAAUGUCAUUUGUUCAUGUUGCUGAUAUUACAAGUGAUCCGUUCGAUGAAGCUGUUCGUGAUGUUGAUGGAAUCAUACAUGUUGCUUCACCAUUCCAUUUCAAGGUCACUGAUCCAGAAAAAGAUUUACUUCUUCCAGCAAUCAAUGGAACCACUCGAGUUUUACAAGCUGCACAUGAGUUCAAUCAAAACAAUGAAAACAAAAUCAAACGAAUCGUCAUCACUUCGUCAUUUGCUGCGGUCAUCGAUCCCAGCAAAGGUCCUCGACCUGGUUAUGUUUACACAGAAAAGGAUUGGUCACCAAUCACUUAUGAACAAGGUGCUGCUGCCAAAGAUGAUCCAAUGACAGCAUAUCGGGCAUCAAAAGUCUGUGCUGAACAAGCAGCAUGGAAUUUCAUCGAACAGAAGAAACCUGCAUUUACAAUUGCAACUAUAUGUGAACCCAUGGUCUAUGGUCCAUCAGUUCGAGACUUUCAAACAAUUGAUGAUAUUCAUCAAUCAAAUGCUUUGAUUUGGUCAUUAGUUACCAGUGGAAAAGAUGCAUCAAUCCCAGACACUCGCGUACCAAAACAAGUCGAUGUGCGAGAUGUGGCCUUUACUCAUGUGGCUGCUUUGGAGAAAAUGACCGAUUCGAAUCAACGAUACUUAAUUGCAAAUGAUCAAAAUUGGACUCAACAACAAAUCGCUGAUAUUGUUCAUCAAAGUUCACUUGUUCCUGAAAAUAUCAAACAAACAACACCGGUUGGUUCGAAAGAUUAUCAAUUACCUGAUUUCUACAUCAUCGAUAGCUCAAAAGCAAAACAAGAUCUAGGUGUGACAUAUACUCCUUUUCAAAAGACUAUUGAAGAUUUAACAAUUCAAUUCGGGAAAUUACAACAAACAUUGAAACAAUGA